CUUAUCCACGGAUAGAUGGUUCAUCUUUCCAUGGUCUUCGCUUUCUCUGUUGUGCUACUGCUCUGCUCUGCUCUGCUUCACCUUCGGGACUUUAACCUGGUCAAGAUCCACUACUACCAUGCCCAUUCCCCUUCCCUUAUUACCUCCCAAUACAAAUCUGCUACUGUAUCCUUCCUUCCUAUUUACUUUCCCCUCAAGUCAUCAUCCUUCGCUCCUCCAGAGUCUCCUCCCCUUCCCCUAAUAUCAUUUAGAUCUGCCACUCCAUUCUAUCGAGAGGUUAACUUCAUCUACUUAUCCCUUCUUCUAUCUAUUCCUAUUCCUAUUCCUAUUUCUAUAAUUCCAUCCGAUCGUUUCUGCUGCUUGCCAUUCCUUUUUCAGCAAAUGGGGGGAAGCGCAAUCGACGAUGAUUGGGAGUUAACUUCUCCAACCAGUGGGGUCCGUACUAUAGUUUUGGUUGGCCGCACCGGCAAUGGAAAAAGUGCGACGGGAAACAGCAUCCUCAGAAAAAAGGCAUUCAAAUCAAUGUCGAGCUCAGCAGGUGUCACCAGUACUUGUGAGCUGCAAACAACUGUACUGGAAGAUGGCCAUAUUCUCAAUGUCAUUGACACUCCAGGGUUGUUUGAUUUUUCUGCUGAACCUGAAUUUGUGGGAAAGGAAAUAGUUAAGUGCAUCAAUAUGGCUAAGGAUGGUAUCCAUGCUGUUCUUGUGGUAUUGUCAGUCAGAUCCCGAUUUUCGCGAGAGGAAGAGGCUGCUAUUGACAGCUUGAGGAAAUUCUUUGGCAUCAAAAUUAGUGAUUAUAUGAUUGUAGUUUUUACGGGUGGUGAUGACCUUGAAGAAAAUGAUGAGACUCUUGAUGAUUACUUGGGUCGUGAUUGCCCUGAACCUUUGAAGAAAACUCUUCAAAUGUGUGGCAAUAGGUGCGUUCUUUUUGAUAAUAAGUCCAAAGAUGAACUGAAGAGAUCUGUGCAACGGAAAGAACUUCUUUUACUCGUCAAUGAUGUCGUAGGUUACAAUGAUGGAAAACCUUACACAGAUGAGAUCUUCCUUGAGCUGAAGAAAGGAGCAGUGAAACUGCGGGACCAGACUGUUGAAAUCACCUCUGUGCAAGGAUACACAAAACAGGAGAUCUCUGAAUUGACGGAGCAAUUCCAGAAGUCAUAUGAACAGCAGCUAAGGAGAAUUACUGAGAUGGUUGAGUCAAAGCUCAAGGAGACAACACAUAGGCUUGAGAAGCAAUUGGUUGAGGAGCAGAAUGCUCGACUGAAGGCAGAAGCUAUGGCUCAAGCCGCACAAGAGAAAUCAAAUGAUGAAAUACGCAAGCUGCGAGAGAAUUUGGAGAAAGCUCAGAGGGAGACUGAGGAGCUUCGGAGGCAAGCUGGAAAGGCUGGAUGUUUUAUUCUGUAAAAACUACUAAUAUACAUAUAAUCGAGCAUUAUCAUCAUCCAUCGUGUAUAGUUCUCUCUCUCACUCUCUACGUUUUAAGUUGAUUGGUGAGGUGAAAGGUACUUGGAACUUUGGGCUUUUGUUUUGGCUUUUGCAGUUUGAGUAUUUCUAAAAGUUUCUUCACAUAA